AUGACAACAAUUAAUGAACUAAAAAUAAUUGAAUAUACUACAACAAUUCUAUACGAACCUAACUCUUGGAAAAUUUGGGUUAGCAAAAGAAAGAAUUAUACAAAAGAAUUUUAUGGACACUGGCAAACCCCUGGAGGACAUAUUGAAGAAACAGAUUUAACAAGACGACAUGCAGCUCAAAGAGAAAUACUUGAAGAAACUGGAAUAAAAAUUGAAAUGUGUGACCUAAAAUAUUGGAGUACAGAACAUUAUCAAAAAGAAAAUGAAUGGAGAAUAGUUCAUUGUUUCAAAGCAAUUACAAAUGAGAUACCAAAAUUAAUGGAACCAUGGGAAAUGACAGACUGGGAAUUAAGAGAUAUUAAAUCAGUAUUAAAAGAACCUAUUAUUCAAUCAGUUCAAGAUAUAUUAAAUGGAAAACAACAAGUAGAAACUUCAAUAAUAGGAAUUGAUGGAACAUGUGGAGCAGGAAAAACUACUUUAGUAAAAAAGUGUAAAGAAUACUUAGAAAGAAAAGGAUUGAGAGUAAAA